GGCAGGAGGCAGUCCCCUCGUGCCCAGGUCCUGUCUCACAGGCUGAGGGCAGAGCCCAAAGCCGGGAUAAAAGGGCUUCAGAGUCAGAGCACCUCCAUACACUCCUCUCCUGAGGUGCUGACAGACCCACUGCUGCCUGUGCACCGCUCCUGACCCCGCCAGCCGAGAUGUCCUGCCAGCAGAACCAGCAGCAGUGCCAGCCCCCUCCCAAGUGUCCCGCGCCCAAGUGCCCCCCCAAGUGCCCCCCCAAGUGCCCCCCAGUCUCUUCCUGCUGCGGCUCCAGCUCUGGGGGCGGCGGCUGCUGCAGCUCUGGGGGCGGCGGCUGCUGCCUGAGCCACCACAGGCGACGCAGUUCCCACCGUCACAGACACCAGAGCCCUGGCUGCUGCAGCCAGCCCUCGGGGGGCUCCAGCUGCUGUGGAGGGGGCAGCGGUCAGUCGUCUGGAGGCUGCUGCUGAAGUGGACCCUGAGCCAAGGAGCGCAGGCUUGGGGACAGCGAGUGGCCAAAGCCCUCCUCCUGUUCCUGCUCCCCCUGCUGGGCCUGCCCAAGGGGCUGAGGGGUCUGAGUGCAGCCUUGAGCUCAGGCCCAGAGGAUCCCUGUGCCCUGGUGCCCAGAAGCCACAACCCCUCCCCCAAACCCAUUUACUCACCUCCUCCCCCAUAUGUGUGGCUGCCCUGGGAACCCAAAGCACAGACCCUAGGUCCUUCAGGAGCUUACCUUGUUGUAAACCCAGCCUGAUGUGAAACAAUAAAACUAGACAUCUUC